UUGUACAUGCGCAGACAUCGAAGUGACGUGUUAGCCAUCUUAGAUGCGAUAGACUUGACACUUUAGGGAAAAAUAAAUAGUUUUCAACAUGCUGCGGUUAACAGCAUUAACUUUAAUAGUUUUUAGUGUUAGUAAUGCUUUUUAUUUACCAGGACUUGCGCCUGUAACAUAUUGCAAGGCUGGAACAAAACCCGAUUGCAAGUCGGAAAUACCAAUAUACGUUAACAGACUCAACUCAAUUGAAACUAUUGUGCCUUAUGAGUAUCACAAGUUUGACUUUUGUACUGUUGAUGAAUCGGACUCCCCAGUGGAAAAUCUAGGUCAGGUGGUGUUUGGUGAGAGGAUAAGGCCUUCACCAUAUCAUCUAUCAUUUUUGAAAGAUGAAAAGUGUAAAAGUGUUUGCCAGAGGGUUUACAAUGCUGAUAGAAAAGAAGAUAAAGACAGACUCAAGUUUCUGAAAAAAGGAAUUGCAAACAAUUACUAUCAUCACUGGAUUGUGGAUAACAUGCCCAUUACGUGGUGUUAUGAUGUAGAAAACAAUCAGAAGUACUGCUCCAGGGGAUUUCCCAUUGGUUGCUAUGUAACCAAGGAAGGCAAAAGGAAAGAUGCUUGUGUCAUCAGCGGAAAAUAUGCAGAAAAGGAUACAUACUAUGUUUUCAACCAUUUGGAAAUUAAGAUGUUUUAUCACCAACCCAGUGAUGCGGAGUGGGAUGCAACUCUAGGCUCUGUAGGGGGUCGAAUUGUCUCAGCCAAGGUUAUCCCUCGCAGCAUCAAAUAUCCAGAAAAAGGACCCUUCACAUGCGGAGAUCAAAGUGCUCCCAUGGGCAUUCCAGCAGAAGUUAAAGGAACUAUAAAGCUGAACUACACUUACUCUGUCACUUGGGAGCAAAGUGAUGUGAAAUGGUCAUCUAGAUGGGAUUACAUCUUGGAGUCUAUGCCCCAUUCCAACAUUCAGUGGUUUAGUAUCAUGAACUCCUUGGUGAUUGUUCUUUUCCUGUCUGGGAUGGUUGCCAUGAUUAUGUUGAGAACACUCCAUAGAGACAUUGCUCGAUACAACCAAAUGGAUAACUCUGAGGAUGCCCAGGAAGAGUUUGGCUGGAAACUCGUCCAUGGGGAUGUAUUUAGACCCCCAAGGAAAGGCAUGUUACUUGCUGUACUCAAUGGGAGUGGGGUCCAGAUUUUCUUCAUGAUGUUCAUUACUCUUGUGUUUGCCUGCCUUGGAUUCCUGUCUCCAGCCAACCGUGGCGCACUGAUGACCUGUACCCUGGUGCUGUACGUCUGUCUGGGAACUCCCGCUGGAUAUGUAUCUGCUAGAGUGUACAAAAUGUUUGGAGGAGAAAAGUGGAAAUCAAACGUCAUCUUUACAGCAUUCCUCUGUCCAGGGGUUGUGUUUGGGGUGUUCUUCCUUCUAAAUCUGGUUCUGUGGACUCAGGGAAGCAGUGCUGCCAUUCCCUUCUCUACCCUGAUAGCCUUGCUGGCCCUGUGGUUUGGUAUCUCUGUCCCUCUGACAUUUGUAGGGGCCUACUUUGGUUAUAAGAAGAGGCCAAUUGAACACCCUGUUCGAACAAAUCAAAUUCCCCGUCAAAUUCCUGACCAAUCGUUUUACACCCGUCCCCUCCCAGGAAUUCUGAUGGGUGGAGUCUUACCAUUUGGUUGCAUCUUCAUCCAACUCUUCUUCAUUCUCAAUAGUAUAUGGUCACAACAAACCUACUACAUGUUUGGCUUCCUGAUGCUAGUCUUCAUCAUUCUCAUCGUGACUUGCUCAGAGGCCACAAUCUUACUGUGUUAUUUCCAUCUCUGUGCUGAAGACUACCACUGGUGGUGGCGUUCUUUCUUGACCAGUGGUUUCACCGCGGUGUACCUCUUCGGAUACUGUAUUCACUAUUUUGUGUCCAAGCUGGAGAUUCAUGGAGCAGCCAGUACCUUCUUGUAUUUCGGUUACACCUUCAUCAUUGUGUUUCUUUUCUUCCUGUUGACUGGUACAAUUGGUUUCUUUGCUUGUUUCUGGUUUGUCACCAAGAUUUACGGAGUCGUCAAAGUCGACUAAAGACUUAACCCUAAGUGUGUUAUGAAGGAACCAUUUAUUGUGAUACAAACAACAGACAAUUGAGAAGAAAUUCAAAAAAAAAAAAAGAAAAGAAAAAAGGAUGAAAGAACUCUCAUUGCUUAUCAGAUUAUUAUAUGGAUCUGUUAAACAUUUUGUUAUGGUUAUAUGUUCAAGUUUUGUGUAACUUAUUCAAUGGAAAACAAAUUGACAACCUUAAGGCUUAGUUGAAACCUACAUGUAUCCUUAGCAUCUACCAUGGUAGUAUGGUAAACAUGAGUAUCAUAAGGUUAUCUUGGCUGUGGGAUUUUUUUGUUCGAAAUUUGGUGGUAAAAAAAAAAAGAAGAAAAGAUUGACAAAAUUAAAUGAACAAAAUUUUCUAUGUUACAUAUUCUGUAUGGAAAGUAAAAAAAAAUUGAAUUUCUGAAGAAGGACUAUUCAAUCUAAUUAAAAUUAGAUCUAAGGUUCACUCGUGUACGAUCGCUACACUAAGAUAGAGCAUAUCGUAGAGGAGCAGAUUUACAAGUCUGAUUUUAAUUAGAUUUAAGUACUAUUAUACACCAUUUUUUCAAGCCAAUUUUACAACUACAGUAUUUCAAGUAUCCCAACAGCAAUCUAAUGAUUUACUAUGGAGGUUGAGUGUCAAAAUAUCUUCUCAUCAAAGGAUUAAUAAAAUAUUUUGAAAUGUUGUAUCUAUAAGCAAAUUUUGUGUCAACUUGCAAAAUUUAUUUAUUGGUAACUGUUUCUAGCAAGAGGAUAUAUAUGUUAAUUUUGAGAACAUGUUCAAGGCAUUUCAUGUAUGGCUGCUCAUUAACUCUAAUGUGUGUUGGGGUGUAAUGACCAUGGUAAAUAUGUGUACUAAUAAUUGCCAUUU